AUGUCAGACUUUCUCCACUUGGAAGAAUUUUUAAAAACAGCUCAAGAAGAAGACCUCUUCGCUAUUGUUCGUGCGGGCCCUUUUAUCUGUGCUGAAUUUGAAUUUGGUGGAUUUCCUAGUUGGUUGCUGCGAGAUGAUCAUUUGGAAGUCAGAACAAACAAUCAACAAUAUAUGAAUUACGUUGCACGCUUCUUUAACAUCUUAAUACCGAUCUUAGCAGCUUUACAGUUUACGAAAGGAGGUCCGAUUUUAAUGCUGCAAGUUGAAAAUGAAUAUGCUAAUGGAUCGCAAAAAAAGAGUACGGCUUAUUUGGAGUUUUUAAGAGAGUUGAUGCUUAAUAAUGGUAAGAAAAAAGUUUUUCUUUUUUUGGUGCCUCAUUAG